AUGACUACUGAUGAUCAUCCUUAUAAAGGUUACAAUAGAGACCCUGAAAAACCGCUUAAUAUAGUAGCAUAUUUUCUUGUCGGUUUGUCUAUGAUGGUUAAUAUUCAAAUAGUAUACAGUACUGCUCCGUAUGCUCUCAUCAGAUUUAAGUUACCUUAUAACGUGCUCAGUAUGUUUGUAAGAAGAAUGGCAAGUUCAUUGGAAUUCUGGUGUCUUCCAAGCAUGCUACUAGCUAACAUAUUGUACCAAAUCUAUAUUAACACUCACAAUAAUACAAAAUUCUUCGCAACACUAAUUCAAAAGUAUGCUUCUGAUAUUUUAGUUUUUGUCAACAACCUACAUGGUGUAACCAGACUACUAGCCAAUAAAGCCCGGGAUGACAUUGCUGUCAAGUCACAUACACUAAAGAAACAGUCUGCAGGACUACUAGUAGGUGUCAAUGAAAUACAAACACAAGCGGGUAAACUAUAUGAUAAAGUUAAUGGAAAUGACCUUGUUUUGGCCAAACUGCUUCAAAAGAAAGCAGAAGGUAUGAUAUCUGGCACCAAGGCACUAAACGAACAAGUAAAACAAUUAUUAUCUCAAGAUGGUCAAAAUCUUAUUAAGGCCAAUGUAUUUCAAAAUGAAGCUAAAGUUAUGUUAACCUGUGCAGAAGAACUAGAUGAAAAUUCGAACCAACUAUUUACUAAAGUUAAUGACACCGUUUUUCUUACUGGCAAACUUAUUCAAAAGGAAGCUGAAGUAAUGUUAUCUGAAGCCAAACAAGCACACAAUGGAGCGAGUUCUCUAGCCUAUAAAGUCAAUGAAAGUACUGUUGUUAAUGCCAAAAUCCUUAAAACUGCCCUUGGCAAUGGUGAAGAUGAUGGUAAGCUUAUAGAUCUAGGCUGGAAAUUCUAUAGUGAAGCCUGGGAUCUAUACGUUCUCGUCCACUUACGGCAUGGCAUAACUCCUCACUAUGCCACAACUCCUGAGUAUGCCAUAACUCUUCAGUGUACCAGAACUCUUAAGGAAGUUAUCGGUUAUGAAAUUCAACAUGGUCUUGGAAAAGCGCUCAGACUACUUGCCACUGCUACCGAUUGUCAUGAGGAUCUAACUCAGAAGUAUCUGGAAGUUAUCACACAACACGGAAUAGUCCAGCAAGCUCUUCAAGCAGUAAAACAUCAACAAAGCUUAUACAGAGUCCUUAGUUACCAAGUACAAUAUAAAUCAGUUGAAAAGGCAUGGAAAUGUUUUAAUGUUAAGUAUUCUGAGACUCUAAACCUUGCAGAAACCACCGUCAAAACCCUUGCCACAGCUAUAGGCGAAGAUGAAAAACAUGGCCUCCAACUCUCAAUCAAUAAUCUCCGAGAAGCAGAAAAUAGUAUAACUGAUAUGACCAGGGCAUUUGGCCUGGAUUUCUGGAAAGUCCAAAACGCCAACCAGGCAGUUAACGCACUUAAAUAUGCAUAUGAGUCUGAUGGUAAUACUCGUAUUCUUUUGUCCCAACUUGAAGAUAACAUUGGUAAUCUUCAGAAAACGUGCAGUGAUACCAAAAAACAAGCGGAACAAAUCAAUGCACUUACAAAAGAACUUGAUGAAGCUAUAAGUCAAAAAGGGACGGGACUUAAAGAUUGCCUGUCUAAACUCAAUAGUGGUUAUGACUCUUCCCAAAUGUAUCUGAAACUGAUCAGUCAACAUGGAAAAGCCGAGAAAGCCUUUCAAGAAGUAAGGAAUCAGAAAUCUAUAUACCAAGCAGUUGGUGCAAACUCUGAACUUGAAAACACUCAGAAGGUCUGGACUACAUAUAACAAAAGAUAUCAAGAAGUUCAAAUACAAGCGGAAGCCACAGCUAAUAAACUUAAAUGUGUUUUAACUAAUACCGGAGAACAAGCUAUUAAACUAGAAGAGAAACUCAAUAAUCUCAGAUCUGAUGUAGAGAGUGAAAGACUAAAACGUUUAACACAAGAAGUAGGCCACCAAAUCACUCAACUCUCUGCACAUAAAGAUGAUUAUGAGUCGGAUCGUAACACUCGUGAUCUCUUAUCGCAAGUUACUGAGAACAUUGGUAAACUUAAUGAAAAGUAUUCUAAAGCUCAAAAAGAAGCUAAACAAAUCACAGAGCUUACAAAUACUCUUCGAGAAGCUGUAGGUGAAGGUGAAAAUGGUCUCGAAAAGAAAAUGCAUGAUCUCAGUAAUUCUAAGGAUCCUUGUGAAAUAACUGAAGCUGGCCAAGUAUUAAUCAAGCAACACCAAUCAAUCGAUCUAGCCAUCGGCAAAGUCCAAGAACAGCAAAAACUAUUCCACGAUGUUGAUGCAAAAGAUGUUCUUGAAACCCUUAACAACCUCUGGAAAACAUUUGACGAAAAGUUUAAGGAUGCAGAAAAACUUGGUCAAAAAACUGCUGACAAUCUUGCUAUUGCUAUAGGUGAUGGUGGCAAUAAUAAUAACCUUCAAGUGAUACUAAAAACACUGGUUCAACCGAAUUCUAAUGAUAAAGUAGUUGAAUCGGCCAAUGCUUUCAUCAACAAAUACAAUUCAGUCCAUGACUUAAUCGAUCAACUAAAAAAAUUAUCGUAUGCAUAUAAGGCUGGUAAUACUACUAAAGGCACAUACUCCCAAGUUAUCAAGUUUGUUGAUCAAGUUGAAGAUAAAUAUUCUGAUGCUGUAUCAGUUUAUAAAAGAUUACUUAUUACUUGGCCGUCAAUAAUUGGUCAGUGGUUAAACUUUAUAAUUUUUGUGAUAUUGUUGAUAGUUUACGUUACUGGUGGUGAGAAGGGUAAUGUCACUCGUUACUACGUUGUCAUUUCAAUUUCUGGUUUCAUUUGUGGUAUUAAUUUGGUUUUGGUGUAUGCAGUUGAUUAUAGAUACUUGGUCUGGUAUAUUCUGGGUGAGAAUUCAUUUCCAAUUGUAACAUUGUUAAUAAACUAUGUUACUACAGCUAUGUUUGGCCAUCAUAAAGACCAUGAUUCACAUUACAGCUUCUUUUUUAUGGAAAUCUCAAUUGCUAUCAUUAUUUCACUAUUAGCAGCAACAGUUUGGACAUUGGCAUUUCUAGACUAUAAGACUCCAAUUCAUAGUGAUACCACUCCUACAUUACAUUUGAUAUCUCCUGUUCUUAUGGUUAUUGUUGGCAUGGGACUUGUUUAUGCUAUUUAUCCAAAUAUUGUACCUGGACUUAUUGGGUCUGAAUAUCUGAUUGAUAGAAUUGCAAUGAUAAUAAUGUUAUUUGCACCUGUUCCAAUCGCUAUAAUAGCGACUCUAAAGCAUUUGAAAAUCGGUGACUAUUGGCACCCAAUGUCCAAGUGGACUGGAAAUGGCUGGUUUUGGCAUAUAUUUGACAUUUUCAUACCUUUAAAGAUAUUUCUAGCAGUUAUUUUCAUCUAUUCACUUCACCACAGAGAUUCUCGAAUUGCCAGAUCAAUCAUUAAUAAACCUAAAAUGACCACAACACUGACCACCAUUUUCUAUAUGUGUCAUUCUAUAUUAUUGGCUGUUGGAUUUACAGGCAUUAUUGGUAAUGGAGGAGCUAAUUAUUUCCUAUUACCAACUCAAUUUUCCGGAGCAUUGUUAAGUGUAUUUUUAGAAUUCUACAGUAUAGGAUACGUUGAUGUAUACAAGCGACAUGAUCCACUCAGGUGGCCAACUGAUGGUAUGUCAUCUCUGAAGGCGUUUGGAUAUUGGACUAAAAUGGCUUGUAACAGUAGUAAAAACCAUUUAAGAGAUUUAUUUACUAAGGAUUUAAGAAGGGAUUUACUUUUAAACAUAUGA